CUUGCACCGAGUACAGACCUUCUGUUGCCGCCAUUGAAAUACCUCUGUAGACGAACUGGUAUGUGGGUUUCCUGCGUUUUCAAAUUUUAACUCUUAGGAAGUUACUGGGUCAAAACCCAUGGGGAAGCAGAACUCGAGUUUGGUCUCCGAUGCGGUGGAGGCCACGGUGUUCGUCGACACCAGCCUCGGCACCCACCUCGCCGUCGCCGUCGACCCCAACGCCACCGUUUCCGCACUCAAAAGGAAAAUAGAACAUGAACAUCUAUUGUGCUUUAAUAGCAUGGGAGAAUCGAGGUUGAAGCUCUAAAGGUAAAACGCAAAGGAUUCUUUUAUCACCUAUCAGAUUCCAUGGUUGUUAGAAAUGCUUUCAGGGUCAAGAUGAAUUGGUUUGUUUCUGCCGAUGCUAAAGGUGUUGCGGGGAAAAGAUUGUCCAAUUUUAAUGAUUCAAGGCCUUUGCUACUUGAGGGGAGAAAACGUGCAGAGGAGAAAGUUACUACUGGCGACCAGAAUGGUUCAGUUGAUUUUGCUGGAGAAACUUCAAAACAAUUGGAUAUAAGGUUCAAGAGUUCUGAUAAUGAUCAUUGCACAAUUUCAUUUCAUGAGACAACCAAUCGUCUGGAACCUGAAAUACAGGAGGACCACAGCUUACAUAGCAAGGGAUACAUAGUUCCCAAAACACAAGAAUGCAAGGAAGAUGGUUCAAGGAAAGAAAGUGAUGUCCAAUGCAACGUCUCUUCGGAAAAAGCUUUUCCUGCUGAAAAGAAAAGACAACGCAAGACUAAGCAGAGAAAUGAAAAAACAGUGCAGUUAAAAGAAGACAGCGUUUCAGUUCUUGGAUUUGGUAAAGAACAGUCACAGACAGAUAUUGUACGUCCUGAAAAUUCAUCAGGCAAUCAGAGUAGAGAUGUUAUAUGUGAUGUGACUAUUGGAAAGAAUACUACUACCAGUAAAGAUGUUUCACAGGAUAUGGCGGCUGGAAACAGAAACACUACUGAAGAACCUUGCAGGAGUUUGGCUUCUAGUAUGGAUAACAGGUCAGAUUCUGGAAUUCGAAGGACUACUGUUGCAUACAAGCACACUGAAGUUCUUGGAAAACACAUUGAGAGCAGGGAGAAUACAUCUAAGCAUGGCAGUCUUGCGGUCUCCGAUACAGAAGUGGACGAUGCUUCACUAUCUCAGCCUGCUGUAAAGAACAAGCGGAAGCUUGCAAACAUAUCUCGUCUUGAGGAUUCACUGAAAGAAAAUGAUAAAGUGACCUCCAAGCCAGAGAUUGCAUCUGAAUUCUCUUUGAGGGACAAACAGAAAAAUGCAAGUUCUAUCUUAGGUGGUUUAACUGCCGAAUCUUCGGAUUUGAUGACCAAUAGUUCCAGAAAGAAGAAGAAAAAUAGAAAGAUUUCACCAAAUUCUCUUGAUCAAGUAGUUACUGCAGCUCUUUCCGGAAGAGAUGUUAUAGAAGAGACAUCUGCUGCUGCUGCUUCAGGAAGUAAUGAUAAAAAUUCAGGUGGAGAAGACAAUGUUGCUUCUAAUAAUGAACAAGGUAUACGUGGUGUAACGCCACAUAAACUUAAUGGAAUCUCUCAGAAGGGAAAUCACUGUGCUCCUGUCCAAGAGUUGCGGGAAAAUUCUGGAGUAUCCUCUUCACUAGAUGGUAAUAAUACUGCCGAUGCUGGCAAUGUGGAAAGCAAAAGUGUUGCAGCUGAAGAAAAAUGGGACGGCCAUCCUCCCCCCGUCUUCAAAGUUCCCAGUGAAGGUGUAACUGAUUCUGCUCAAAGAGUUGGAGAGGGGAGAGAAUCAUUACAGAGAAAGGAUUCUGAAUUGGUGAAAUCUGAAAAGAAACAGUUGCCUGGUCAGGGUAAGAAAGAUAGGAAUGAUACAAAAGUAAUUGUGACAUCUGAGUUGUUGGAUGCGAAUGGAAUUAACACCCCUAAUAACACCGUUAAGAAGAAAAAGAAAACCAGAAAAACCAAGGGUUCUAUUGGAGAAACUUCGGUUGAAUCAGGUGCAGAACACUUUAAAGGGUCUGAGAAUGGACUUUCGUUGGAUGAACCUCAUGAGGAGGAAAGUAAUAUUUCUAAGAAAAAUGGGAAAGAUGUAUCAGAAAAAGAAACAGAGGGUUCUCAUAUCGUUAUGAAAACUGAUAAACUUGGUCACAGUGAGGUGGGGACCCUGGAGCAAAAUGGCAAACCUCAAGAAAAUGAAGAAAGUAUGGAGCAGAAUGUCAAAAAGAAAUCUAAGAGGAAAAGGAGUGCCAUGACAAAAGACAUCCCAAAUUUGCAAGCUGAAGCGCAAAAUGUUGGUCACCAGGUUCCAGCACCGACAACUGAUAAGUUGGAAAAAGGAACUCCCAUUGAACAAUCAAAUGGGAAAGCUCUGGAAUCUGAUGAGGGUUAUGGCAUGGAAACCGAUUCAGUCGCUGCUCGGUCAAAAUCCAAGCGUAUUGAGCCUACUAAAGUUCAUUCUCAUGCACUAGAACACAUUUCCGAUGGGAGGGCUCUUGAAGCUAGCGCAACUGGUAACCCUAAUGGAUGCUCUAAUGAGGUUGAUAAGAACACGGAAGUUUCCUGUGAAGGCAAUAAGGUCAACUUUGACAAGCAUCAGAUGCCUAGCCUGGGCCAGCAUGAAGUUUCUGUCUCUGGAGAAGUGCACACCGAGGUGACUAGAACAAACAUAACAGAUGAUAAGACAAAAAAGAAGCGAAAAAAGCUUGAUGUGCAAAGUGUUCCUUCGCCUGAUCUGCAUAGUUCGCUCAAGUCUAAUGAGAACCAAGGGAUUGAUGGAAGGUCUGAAGCUGGCAACGCUAGCUCCAUACAACCGCAAGGAUCAUCAUCCAGGGGUGACGACCUUAUGCCUCACCCUCAAAAGAAGGGUUCGAAGAAAGUUCCUAAAACUGGGACCAAAACCCCAACACCUGACAAGUCUGAUAAGAUGAAUUCCAUUUCUCAAGCAGCUGGAAAGCACAGUGGUGCCAAAGUUUCUGGGACCGAUAUUCGUACGGGGAAAAAAAAUGAUUCUUCAGCUAUAUUGAAUUCUAAAUUGGACAAAUCAAACAGUAAACCUCACCAAAAUAAAAUGGAUAACAAGCGUCAAUCAGGUGUCAACCGAAAUCGUGUGGCCGGUGGGAAACCUUAUGGUAUUGAUUAUGGGGAAGUUGUAAACAGCCCAGAAAAGAGGAAGAGCUCAACUACACCAAGGAAAAUUUUCAUGGAUGACGACAGUAGUGGGAGUUCUGAAGAUGAAGAUAAAGAACUUUCAAAAGCCAGCACCCAAACUCCAUCAGAUUAUUCGUCAUCUGGCUACUCAGAUGGGGAAAGCAAUGCAGAUAUGAACACGCCAAGAGGCGGAAGGGCUGGUGGGAGAAGCGUCAUAAAAUCAUGCACUUCCGGCAUGAAGGACAUGAAUUGGGAUGAAUUGGCUAAAAGUUCAAGCACAUUCAAGAAGGCGAAACUUACGGCGUCUCAGUCACAACUGGAAGAGGACAGCGAGCGCGUUGAAUUCGUUCCCGACAGCCAGCCUAUAUCAUAGUCAUUGAACUGUCGUCGAGGUUUUCAAAUUCUCUCCAAGUCCUUGAGAUUAUUUUGUUUUCGACUUUUACGCAUUUUGUCUCUCCUCUUUUCGAACCCUUUCAGCUGUAUGUGUGCAGCAGUUUUAUCAUGAAUCAGGAAGGGUCCAAAUCAACCUCCAAGUUUUAUGCUUCCUAGGCUUAAAAAUC